AUGGGCUCCUUUGAAUCAGAGGGACUGAAAUUCCGCAAUUAUAUCAAAUGGGAUGCUUCAGGGGUUGAAGUUAUCCCUCCCAAUGAACAAGAAGACAUACAAGUCAUUGCAGACCAGAUCAAUGCCAUACAAAAAGCUCAAUUUAAUGCCCAUCGUCAUUGCUUUGGAGGAACACAUGCAAGAACUCAGGGACUGGUCAAGGGUGAACUCAUUAUUGGAGAUUUACCUCCACAUCUUGCGCAAAGCAUGUUCUCUCGUCCAAAGACAUAUCCAAUUGUCAUGCGACAUAGUACCGAACCUAGUGAUCCAGCUCUUGACGAUCGAAUUCCACAACCUCGAGGUCUAGGAAUGAAAGUUUUCAAUGUUGAUGGUGAAAGAUUUGACGGCAAAGAGUUGAGCACACAAGAUAUCGAAUUCAAUAGUACUCCUGCAUUAGAUCUUGCAGACGCAAAGACGACAAAAGAAAUUAUUGAUCUUAGAAUUAAGUACGGCGGGAACGAGACUGAAUUAUACAAGCAUCUAGAAGCUCGCAAAGAUACGACAUUACAAAAAGCUCGUGAUGAAGUCAGGAAUACACAUCUUGAGUCAACACGACAGUAUUCGCAAACUGCUUAUAGAUUCGGUGACUAUGUUGUCAAAUACUGCUUAGUUCCAUCUUCAGAGACGCAAAAGAAGCUUUAUGAAGAGACAGUCAAACCAGAUGCCCAUCCGGAUAAUAUUCUCAGUGAAUGGCUUAAAGAAUUUCACACAAACCAUGACGCAGAAUAUCUCUUUCAAGUCCAACUCCUUGAGAAUCUCGAAGACCAACCUGUGGAAUAUGCUGGCAAGGUCUGGGAUUCCGAGAAGUAUCCAUGGCAAACAGUUGCUACCCUCAAGAUCCCUAAGCAGGAUAGUUUUAUAGCCGCGAGAAAGACGUUCUGGGAAGAUCACAUGAGAUUAGAUCCAUGGCAUGGGCUCAAGAGCUUUCAACCUCUUGGAUCACCAAAUAGAUUGAGAAAAGUUGUGUAUCCUGCUAGUAGUUCCUUCCGUCGUAAGAUGAAUGGAAGACAGGAAUUGGAUGUUAACAACAUCGAUUCAAUUCCAGAUGGAGGUUGGGUUGUUGGGACGUUGUAA